UUCCAGUUCAUCUUUGCCAGCAUGCAGAAACCUGAGGGGCUGCCCCAGAUCACGGAUGUGGUGCUGGACAAGCCCUGUGUACCUUUGCAGGCCAACAAGACCCCGCUGAGGGCGCUUGACCCCAUCCGCCUCAGUGGCAUGAACUGCAGCCCUGACUUCACCCCCUCCUUUGCCAACCUUGGCCGGCCCGUUAUGGGCAACCGGGGCCUGCCCUCUGGGUUGGGUCCCCGCCGCUCCCAGCAGAGCCAGAGGAAGGAGCCCCGCAAAAUCAUUGCCACUGUGUCCCUCAAUGAGGAUGUUAAGCUGAACAAGGCUGAGAAGGCCUGGAAACCCAGCAGCAAGCGUGCUUCGGAGGAGGAGGAUCCUGAGAACAUCAAGACACAGGAACUGCUCCGCCGUGUCCGCAGCAUCCUCAACAAGCUGACACCCCAGAUGUUCCAGCAGUUGAUGAAGCAGGUGAUGGAGUUGUCCAUCGACACGGAGGAGCGGCUCAAGGGUGUUAUUGACCUCGUCUUCGAGAAGGCCAUCUCGGAGCCAAACUUCUCUGUUGCCUAUGCUAACAUGUGCCGUUGCCUUAUGGGGCUCAAAGUGCCCACAACAGACAAGCCCACGGUGACUGUGAACUUCCGCAAGCUGCUUCUCAACCGCUGCCAGAAAGAGUUUGAGAAGGACAAGGACGACGAUGAGAUCUUUGAGAAGCGGCAGAAGGAGAUGGACGAUGCCAGUGCUCCCGAAGAGAAAGCACGCAUGAAGGAUGAGCUGGAGGAGGCGCGGGACAAGGCCCGCCGGCGAUCCCUGGGCAACAUUAAGUUCAUUGGGGAGCUCUUCAAACUGAAGAUGUUGACAGAGGCCAUCAUGCAUGACUGCGUGGUGAAGCUGCUCAAAAACCAUGAUGAGGAGUCUCUUGAGUGCCUUUGCCGCCUACUUACCACCAUUGGCAAGGACUUGGACUUUGAGAAGGCCAAGCCCAGAAUGGACCAGUACUUCAAUCAGAUGGAGAAGAUCAUCAAAGAGAAGAAGACAUCAUCCCGAAUCCGUUUCAUGCUGCAGGAUGUGAUUGACCUCAGACGGAAUAGCUGGGUGCCGCGGCGAGGAGACCAGGGCCCCAAAACCAUCGACCAGAUCCACAAGGAAGCAGAGAUGGAGGAGCAUCGGGAACACAUCAAAGUGCAGCAGCUCAUGUCGAAGGACAAGAGGAGAGGGCCCCCCGGGCCAUCCUCCAGUGGGCGUGGGAGCUUGGUUGCAGAUGAUGGCUGGAACACUGUGCCCAUCAGCAAGGGCAACCGGCCCAUUGACACCAGCCGGCUAACAAAGAUCACCAAGCCUGGAUCUAUCGACUCCAACAACCAGCUCUUUGCGCCGGGCGGGCGGCUGAGCUGGGGCAAAGGCAGCAGUGGCGGGUCUGGUGCAAAGCCUGCAGAUUCAGCGUCUGAUUCAGGGCGACCAGCCACAAGCACCUUGAACCGCUUCUCAGCACUCCAGCAGUCGACCCCUGCCGAGAGCCUGGAGUCCCGCCGUGUGGUGCAAAGGAGCAGCUCCAGCCGCGAUAGGUCAGAGAAGGCUGGGGACAGAGGGGAACGGGAGUCGCGUUCAGAGAAGGGCAGUGACCGCCUGGAGCGUCCUGACCGGGGGGAGCGGGCAGACAGGAACAGGUCUGCCCUCACCAAGAGGAGCUUCAGCAAAGAGUCAGAGGACAGGAGCCGAGAACGAGAGAAGCAGAGUGGCUCCGAGGCUGUGCGCAAGGCUGCUAGCAUGUCGGAGGAACGGGAUAGGAGCCGAGAGACCAAUAAGCAAGAGCCAGCAGCUCCUGCAGCAUCUCCCAAGCCUGUGCUGUCAGAAGAAGAGCUGGAGAAGAAAUCCAAGGCGAUCAUAGAGGAAUACUUGCACAUCAAUGACAUGAAGGCCCUGCAGUGCGUACAGGAGCUAGGCAGCCCCUCCUCGCUCUACAUCUUCGUGCAAAAUGGUAUCGAGUCCACACUGGAGAGGAGCACCAUCUCCCGCGAGCACAUGGGGGUCCUGCUGUGCCAGCUGGUGAAGGCGGGCACGCUCUCCAAGGAGCAGUACUACAAAGGGCUGCGGGAGAUCCUGGAGAUCGCGGAAGACAUGGAGAUUGACAUCCCGCACAUCUGGCUGUACUUGGCUGAGCUCAUCACCCCCAUCCUGCAAGAAGAAGGCAUCCCCAUGGAGGAGCUGUUCAGGGAGAUAACAAAACCCCUGGUGCCCAUUGGGAAGGCCACCACACUGCUAGUCGAAGUGCUGGGCUUGUUGUGCAAGGGCAUGGGCCAGAAGACCGCAGGCAAGCUGUGGCGGGACGGGGGUCUGAGCUGGAAGGAAUUCCUGCCUGAGGACCAGGAUGUCAACAAAUUCGUCACAGAGCAGAAAUUGGAGUACACGAUGGGGGAUAGCUCGGACACGCUGAGCCGCAAAGAGCUGACCUCGGAGGAGCUGUGCAAGCAAAUGGACAAACUGCUGAAGGAGAACCCAAACAACCAAAGAAUAUAUGACUGGAUCGAGGCCAAUCUGAGUGAGCAGCAGGUCUCAUCCAACACGUUUAUCAGGGCCCUGAUGACAUCCGUGUGCCACUCAGCCAUUGUCUUUGAGAACCCCUACCGAGUGGAUGCCCUGGUCAUCCGCAACCAAGCCAAGUUGCUACAGAAGUAUCUGCGGGAUGAGCAGAAGGAGCUCCAGGCACUCUACGCCCUGCAAGCCUUGGUGGUGAAGUUGGACCAGCCUCCCAACCUGCUGCGGAUGUUCUUUGAUGCCCUCUACGAUGAGGACGUCAUCAAGGAGGAGGCUUUCUACAAGUGGGAGUCCAGCAAGGACCCGGCUGAGCAGCAGGGCAAAGGAGUGGCUCUCAAAUCGGUGACAGCCUUUUUCACCUGGCUCCGGGAAGCUGAGGAUGAGUCGGACAACAACUGAGCAGCCGUGAGGAGGAGGAGUAAGAAGGCAGAGAGAGUGGGGCACCCGUGGGAGCGACUCCAUCCCCUCUCACCCCUGGCCCCCUGGACUUGCUGAUGCCAGGGCCGAGGGACCUGCUCUGCCCCCUGCGGCCCCCCUCUCUCUUUUCAGUUCUCCUCCUCUCCCUCCUCCCCACAUCCUGGUUCUGUGUGCGAGGCCUGUACUAGUUUGUCACGAUGAUAAUAAAUGAUGCUGGCGGUGGGUCCCCUCGGGGUCCCUCCUCUCCCCUCUCUCAGCACAGGCACACUGGGUCUUUGGGAGCAGGGCAGAACACCCCUGGACUCACUUCAUGGGGAGGGGGGGCAGGAUGGGGACAUUUCUUUCCCCUCCUCUCCCCCCUUCUCCUUCCUCCUCCCCACUUCU